CAACGCGUACCUGCGUGUACCUGGUUUUUUACCUGUAUAAUGUGAAGUAUGAUCAAAGGCAAGGUGUUCGGAGUCUAGAGCUUAUUCAAGGCUGGGGUAUGAGCGCUGACGGUGUGUAUAAGAUGGAUAUGGAGAACAGCAGCAUGACGACGACGUCAUCCGGUAAACACGUGGUGAUCCUCUCCAUCGUCAUGUUCCUCUGUGGCAUCGCCGUGCUCAUCGUCGGCAUCGUCCUCGGUGUCAGGGCAACACAGACCGCCAACAACGCCCCCUGCGUGCAGCCCGACAAGGGAGUGGCCCCCACCACGCACCCAGCAGCCCCAACCACUCAAGCCCCUGGACCAACUCCUUCGAUUUCUAUCGAGGGCCAUUACAGAUAUGCAGGGAUUGCCACGGAUACUCAGAUCUGUUCGAAAGUCGGAAUUGACAUAAUGGGACGGAAGGGAGGUUCGGCUGUAGAUGCUGCCAUAGCAACCAAUCUGUGUGUUGGGUCAGUUAAUUUCCAGAGUAACGGUCUUGGAGGGGGUCAUUUCAUGACCAUAUACAAGAGAUCAACCAACGAGUCGUUCGCUAUAAUGGCGAGAGAACAAGCGCCGGCGGCAGCCACGGAGACCAUGUACGUCGGCCUGACGGGCUACAACAACAACAUCGAAGGUGGUCUAGCCAGUGGGAUACCAGGAGAGAUAAUGGGGUACUGGGAAGCGCACAAGAUCGGCGGGAAACUGCCCUGGUCUGAACUCUUUCAGCCGGCCAUCAAGAUUUGUGAGGAGGGGUUUCCCUUCCCGCCGUCAACUGAAGACGCGUUGAUACCAGCACGCGAUAAGGGCUACCUAGACAGAAAUCCCAACUUGAGAAAUCUGCUAACGAAUCCUGACACUAAGAAGUAUUAUAAACGUGGUGAGAAGAUUAAGAGACCCGAAUAUGCCCGGACUCUUCGUAUCAUCGCCAGCGAGGGAUACCAGGCGUUUUACAACGGCAGUCUCACCGCAAUCAUCGUCAAGGAACUCACAGACGCAGGUGGUAUAAUAACAGAGGCUGAUUUAAGAUCAUACUACGCCAUCGUUAAAACCCCUGUUGUAUCGAAGCUGAAUAACAACAUGAGGAUUAUCUCCCCUCCCCCACCGUCCGGUGGUCUUGUUCUACAGUUCAUUCUCAACAUUUUGAGUGGUUAUAAUUUCACUCCCUAUGACUUAAUGACGUCAGAGAAGACGAUUUUGACGUACCACAGAAUAGUGGAAGCCUUCAAGUUCGCGUUCGCCAAGAGGUCAGCAAUGGGGGACGCCGAUGUGGAGGACCAGGAGUUUAAGGACAGAAUUGAUGAUCUCAUAAAGAAUCUGACGUCACAAGAGUACGGAAAUUACGUCAGAUCCAAGAUAAAUGACGAUAAAACGCAGAAGACCACGGACUAUGGACCAGCGUUCAGUAUGGUAGAGGAUGCCGGGACGGGUCAUAUUUCUCUGUUGGCACCGAACGGAGAUGCGGUUGCCACGACAACCACUAUUAAUUUUCAUUUUGGUUCCAAAGUUGUCGGUGCGCAGACCGGCAUUGUGUACAACAACGAGAUGGACGAUUUCUCCACGCCCAAUACAACCAACGGCUAUGGUAUACCCGCGUCCGAGUCCAACUUCAUCAAACCCGGGAAGCGCCCCGUAUCGUCCAUGUGUCCGUCCAUCAUCGUCGAAGACGACGGCGACGUGUCUAUGGUUGUCGGAGCAUCCGGGGGAACUCGGAUUAUUACCAGCUCGGCACUGACUGUCAUAAGCGCUUUGUGGUUCAGUAAGGGGAUUAAGGCGUCCGUCGACUAUCCCAGAAUUCAUCACCAACUCGUUCCUAAAUCGCUCCGCGCAGAGGAGGGAUUCCCGCAGUAUAUACUCGACGGACUAAAGGCCAAAGGUCAUGACAUCAAGAUGUAUGCAACGGCUAAAAGUGUCGUUCAAGCUGUUCUACAGAAGGCGACCAAUAAGAUCACAGUUAACAGCGACUAUAGGAAAUACGGAAUACCAGACGGAUAUUAAACAUUUAGAGCUGCAAUGUCAUCUGCUCAUCCUGUGACGUCAUGAACUAAUGCGAAAUACAAAGUAUUCUUGCCCACUGAACAAUGUUAUCCAGCUUAAGGACGGUACUAGCAAAAUCUGUCUGACCCUAGGGCUAGAUAAAUCUGUCCGACCCGAGGGCUAGACGAUUUCUACAUACACGUGACGUCAUAACUCGUUUUACGACGAUUGACGUCAUAACUCAUGGUUUUUAAAAUUCUG